AUGCUGAAAGGUCAACUGGAACAUGCCAAGCAGCGGGCAUACCAUUUAUAUCUAAUUGAGCCAUGUUUUGUCUUUUGGGCGGCUUUUAAUUGGGGCUCAAAUAUGUCCUCGAAUGCGGAGGUUAAGACCGAUCCUGUUAGUACCAGCUACCUCUCGACCCAACUGGCUGCCAGAUUGCAAGUAGAGGUGAACAUCGGUUGGACCUUUUUAAUUGAGAUGCAUGUGCGUAUUCGUCUCCGAUUGCGACAGAUUUGCUUCGUCCUUGUUACUGGGUUUGCUCAGUACUUGUGGCUGCUUCUAUUAAUGAAGCCUCUGUUCUUCUGA